AUGGAGUCUUCUUCUCCAGAUAACUUUCCAAGAUGGGCACCAAGUCCAAGCCCCUCGAGAGUAUUACUAUCACCUGUGGAAGACACCAAGAUCAAGUCGAAUGCUGCUCGUGAUUCUGCAGAGAAUGGCUUAUCCUUAUCAUGUUCUAGCAUGGAAAGGAUUUUCCCAUUUAGCAUUGGAUUCAAAAGCACUGCUACUACUAGUACUGCUUAUGCUUCUGCGGUUGAAAAGUUACUAGAAGCUGAAUGUGCUUACGUUAAAAGCAGUGGUACUACUGAUAUUGAAAUUGCAUCAAGAAAGAAAGGUAUUUCUUUGACAUGGGAGGACUUGUGGGUUGGAGUAGCAGAUCGGAAAAGGGAGCAGCGAAUGAUUUUGCAGAAGCUUACCGGGUUUGCUCAACCUGGUGAGGUUUUGGCUAUUAUGGGUCCUUCUGGCUGUGGCAAAUCAACCCUUUUGGAUGCUUUAGCAGGAAGGCUAAGUUCAAGCACACAGCACAGAGGGAAGAUCCUAAUCAAUGGCCGGAAAGAAACACUUGCCUACGGUACUGUCGCAUAUGUGACUCAAGAUGACACACUAAUGACAACAUUAACAGUAAGGGAAGUUGUGUAUUACUCGGCGCAGCUCCAACUACCUAACGCCAUGUCAAAAGCAGAAAAGAAGGAAAGAGCUGAGACAACAAUAAGGGAGAUGAGCUUGCAAGACUCCAUGAACACAAGAAUUGGAGGUUGGAGUAAAAAAGGCCUCAGUGGUGGGCAAAAGAGAAGAGUCAGCAUCUGCGUUGAAAUCUUAACUCGUCCAAAGCUUCUAUUCCUUGAUGAGCCUACUAGUGGACUAGACAGUGCAGCAUCUUACCAUGUCAUGAACCGCAUUAUUAAACUGGCUCACCGCGAUGGAACGACAGUUAUUGCAUCAAUUCAUCAACCAAGCGGUGAAGUUUUUGAGCUUUUCCAAAAUCUUUGCCUUCUCUCCUCUGGUAGAACAGUCUAUUUUGGCCCUGCUUCACAGGCAGAACAGUUUUUUGCUUCAAAUGGCUUCCCGUGUCCAACGCUGAGAAACCCAUCAGAUCACUACCUUAGGACUAUCAACAAGGACUUUGAUGUUGACAUUGAACAAGGGCUUGAUGGAAAAACAAGCACCGAGGAGGCAAUCAAUAUUCUCAUAGGAUCAUACAAGUCUUCAAGUACUUUAAAGCAAGUUCAGCACAAUGUAACUGAGAUUUGCCAACAGAAAGGUGGAGCUCUAGAGAAGGGAAGCCAGGCCAACUUCAUAACUCAAUGCCUAGUUCUGACAAGGAGAUCAUUUGUGAACAUGUAUCGCGAUCUAGGCUACUACUGGCUUCGUCUUGCAAUUUACAUUUCCUUGUGCUUAUGUGCAGGGACUAUUUUUCAUCACAUUGGCUCCAAUUUUGGCUCAAUACAGGUGUAG